CCAGCGGCAGGUGAGGUUCUGUUUCUUCUUCUGUUUGGACCCAUGUCCGAACCGUCCGCCUCCACUUGGUGUUGGAGCCAGCGCUGGCUUCAGAAACGAGACUUCUUUGAGAAAAAGAGAUGCGCGGUGUGGACCUGGUCCGGGCAUACGACCGAGUUCUGGAGCAGCAGAUCCUAGUUCGGGGGUCGUGCCGGGCCUGUCAGGACGAGGCGUUGAGGUCAGAGGUCGAGGGCCUCCUGGCGACCUCCGACCCUCGGGAGUUGCACGGCCUGGGCCUGGAGCCUCUGCGGCUGAUGGAGGAGGUUCUGGAGGCCCGGCGCGGUCCGGGUCUGCGCGGCCUGGCCCGGACCUUCGAGGUUCUGGAGCAGGCGGCAUUGAACCUGUACCUGGGCCCCUGGAGGGAGGAGUACCGGGUGAUCAAGAUGUACUCCGGUACCUUCACCCACUGCGUCGCUCCAGUACUUUCGGCUGUACAGACAGAAGAAGUGUUCGGCCUGCUGGGGUACCGCCCAGGCCCGGCUCAGACCCGGCUGCUGCGCCUGCAGCCGGCCUGCGGCCUGACGGCGCCACGGGAGCUGCUGCGCCUUGCCUGCGCCUUCUUCCUGGCCCGCUGUGAGUGUUGCCUCCUGAUGGCCACCUUGGGGAAGCGUGGAGGCACCCGCUGGGAGCUAGGCGUAGUGCGGGAGCGGCGGCAAGGACAACGGCUGCAGGUUGCCGUUGACAACGCUGAGCGGCUGCUGUCUGUUCCGGAGGAGGCAGAGGGAGAGUUGGACCUGUACCUGGAGGACAGCACGGCACCCCCUGGUGGCCAGCGGCGCAGCAACGGGCCGGUGGCGGCGCCUCGUUGCAGGAGGUUUGGUCCAGUCGUCCCCCCGCCGAUGGAGGUGGAGAGAGGGCGACCCCAUGACCUCUGCGGCUGUCUCCGUUCGCCUCCGCUCCGUCUCCAGCACUGCCUGGACUGCGGUGUCCUCCAUGACAUCACUUGCGUCCACCUGACCGACUGCAGCCUGCAGCGCCACCAGGUGGAGCCAGCGAGUGGCUUAACAGAGACGGGGUCGGAGACAGGGGAGGAGCGUCCCCGAGACGCCGUCCCCGAGGACAACGCCGCCUCUCAUCCAAUCAGCUACCACUGCGAAGCAGCCAGCGCCAACCCCCACCUGCUGUGCCUCACCUGCAGAGCUGUCCACACUGCCACCUGUGUGGAGGGCAAGCUGUGCCACUUGGCCCACCGGACCCGCUGCCUGGGGAUGUGUUCCUGCGGGAAGUCCUGCUGCGGGACGCCGCGCGUCCUGUGCCUCUACUGCGGCGACGAGUUCUGCAGGGACUGCUGGUACAAGAACCCGCUGACCUGCGUCUGCGGACGCAGCUUCCACCUGUCCACCGACCUGUCCACCUCCGUCUGAGGACUUCCUGCUCUUCCGGCUCAAUGAGCCCGACCUCAGUGCCUGAGAGAGCAGCACGUUGCAAGUCCACCUCGCUGCAGCAAACAGGAAGUGGCGGGACGGACCGCUGUCAGUCUCAGACCUUAUUUGGAAAUGGGACCAUUGCACUCUGGGUGUAAAGGGGGCGCUAUUUCCACCCUUUACCAUUAAUUCUGGCAUUACUGGAACCAUAAAAGAACAAUUAUCUUAUAAAACCCCAUAUUUUUUAAUUUUUUUAAAGGAAAUAGAGCUAAUUAAAUGACAUAAACAAAACCUCAAAGUGGUUCCAGUUUCUCUCGAUGGCCAACUUGUUGAAACUGAGGCUAAUUAUAAAUUCCUUGUGUCGUUCCUGGACAGUCAACUCAACUUGCUGAAAACACUGGCUAUACCUUUAAGAACUGUUCUCAGAGACAAGACCAGUGAUCUUGGGGUAACUCAACCAGAGGUUGUGUAUGGGGCAUGCUGUGGUGGCGUAGUGGACAGCACAACCCACAUUUGGAGGCCUUGAGUCCUCGACGUGGCCGUCGCGGGUUCGAUUCCUGGACCUGCCGACAUUUGCUGCAUGUUUUCUCCCCCCUUUCCUGUCAGCCUGCUGUCAUUUUGAGCCCCUGCUCCUUUUAUCCUUGAUGCUCCUACUGCCUUUUUUUGAGUUUUUUUUUAUUUGUGUGUCAGGAGGCCUGCAUGUGCUUCUCAACAGGAUUUAGCUAAAAAUAAUUUAGCCAAAUGAAUGACUCUGGCUGUUCAGAGUCCGGGCCCCUGGAGGGGCAGAUCUGUGCCCUCUAUCAAAUUAAGGCCAAGAAAAUAUAUUUUUCCCAACAUGCACCUGUUUGUGAGUAAAACCGUACGUCUGAUGUUGAAGUUA